GCCUUUGGCCCAGUCAGAACUAGAGGAGACACCCGGGUGCUAGCUCGCGUGCUCGGAUGGUGUAACGUAUGCCCUUGCGUGAUCGGAAAACGGGUUUACAUGAGAUGCAGCAUUCGAGUUGAUCCUGGUGGGUGAAAUUCUUGCCCAAUCACUAGAACUGGUCUGUCUUGCGACCGUCCACACUGGACAUGCUGGCGGCGAAAAAGAGACGGAAUUCGAGCAGGUCUUGUCGCAUUGCAUUUUUACCACGCAAGGACUGCUAGAUGGUACUGAUCUCAUAGUAUGUCGAGUGUAAAUGAGAGCGGUGCGGUCGACGUGAAGUGCCAAGAAGACUGACCAGACAAUGAGUGCAGAAUCAUGUCAGCUGUUUCGGAGCGCGUGGACGCGCAAGAACAAAACUAGCGAGGCACCCUGCAGAAGUGCCAGGCUCCGCAACUGUGCGGAUUCCCCGUAAUGGCGCCAAGCCUCGCAGGCCCCAGAACAUGCUUGCCCUUCCAAGAGAGCCCAAGUUUGCAGAUGGUUUGAUCUAGGACUCGGGCCAAACAGCAGACUUGCAGUUCUUGCUGGCCAAGGCAGACUGGUGGCGUUUCGAUGGGCCAGGGGCUGCCAGGCCUGCCGCCAUGUGCGAUUACCCGAGUUCGCGAAACCAUCUCGUCUGAUUUGGCUGCUGUUUGCGCGCAGGGGCCACGCCAAGGAAACUUCGAUGUGCGACAAUGCAUUUUUUCAACCUGCCCGUUGGAGGCACCAAGGCACCGGAAGCACGCUCCCGCCUGGAGUCCAGGUGGCCAGCUUCACCAUGUGUUUCCUCAGCGCUCAGACGCCCAAGACAGGUGCACGUGGAGGUGCACGUGGAGGUGCAUGGCCGCACAGAUGCCACUUGUUGUUUGCAUGUGUGCAGCUUCCAUUCCUUCUGAGCCCGAGUGAAAAUGUUGAAUGUCGGCUGGAGGCAGCCAUUGACAGGCGCAACUCAAAGGGUCUGAGACAGAAGGGUCGCUGGCGUUUGCUUGAUUUGGUGCCGGCCUUUUUGCCAUGGAUGUCAAUCGAAGCUGACACCCAGACAACCCCGCGCACGUCGCUUAUUGGUUUAGCCAUUGAGCGCUUCGCGCAUGGCUUUGCAAAGGUCAGGCACAUGGCCUGGUCCUGGAUGGUUGAUGCUAUGGGCAGCCUGUAGGGACUUGCCCUUGGUACAUCAGAUGCUUGUAGAACCUAAACUCAACACGCAACACGUACUUGCAGCUUGUGUGGACUGGGGCUCAAACCCCAAAGCCCAGUUCCCAAGUCAGAAAACGUGCCCCGCCGUGCACCCAAAGAGUUGCAGAAAUUGAGAGUGCCCAGCCCGAGCGCUUGUGUCAAUAUCAACGCAAAGAUGGUUCCUUUGCUCGACAGAAGGGAAGGCAGGUGUCAGGCUUUCCUUUCCAAAACUUAUCAUCAGUUUGCCAACUGCAAAAGAGCAAAGAACACUGGCCAAGGUGAUGCGCUAGGGCCUUAGGGCUGCUAGGCCUCAUGCCGCAUCUUCCUGCAUGCUCAACAUUUGCGCCUUUUUCGCUACGAGUUGCGGCCUUUUUGUUGUUGCUCAAUUUGAGUGUUAAGCGCAAGCUCUCCGAAGCUGCAGGCAAGAAUUCCCGACCAACAGGCCGAAACUCCCGACCAACAGUAACUGGCAACUUCAAAUAUGUGCGACAAUGCAUUUCAUACAAGUUGCCUGUCCUCAGGGCUUACAAGCCCAAGACAGGAUGUGCGUGGAGGUGCAUAGCUGUGGCAGCUGCUUGCGCACCUUCCAUACCUGAGCCAGCUGUGCUCCGUCAAGGGUGAUGCUGGACAUGGAGUUGCUGGCCGGCGGGUCUGACCCUUCAGUGACCAUAGACACCUAUGAGCACCAGCCCCUUCAAUGGAACGCUGCUCCCGGCCCUGUGCCUCAAGAGGUCCGCAAAGUCCGACGCGAGCGCACCUUGGCUCCGGAGUGGCAGGUCAAGCCGUAGACGAUGUUUAUACCGACGCGAUGGCCCGGAAGCAGACGAAGUCGCGUGGCUUCCUUGUUCCUUUUGUCGACUGGCCGGACCCGGGAAUUUGCGCCCUGCAACUGAGGGCGACAGCGACCCAUGUGUCGCGUGCAAAAGCACUGGGCAACGGGGUGAUGCCACUUUGGAUCAGGUUUUGUUUGACGUGGUGUGCUAUUUGCUUGCGGACCCCGAUUUGCGCAUUCGCCGGAUGGAACCGUGCCUGAGCAGCGUCCAAUACCUCCGUGCUCAUGCUCACUUUGCCUAAGCAAGAAGUGCACGAGCGUAAAGCGCCAUAAGCUGAUGGCCAAGGAAAACCUGUUACAUGCGUCGCGUAAGCAAAAACUCCACGCGUGCGAGGUGGUGAUAACCUGGUGGCGUAGGCUAAACGAUGCGACAUAGCAAGCCAUGAUUUGUUUGGACAUGGCUCACUUGCGUGAGUCGCGGACAGAGGCUGUUUUCAUGUUCGCGCAACCCCGACUUGCAGGGUUUUAGACACAACCAGCACGAAGGUCCCAGUUCCCCUAACACUGCUUGUUCGGCCCUCAAGAUUCCAUCAUUCUAGAGCCCUCCUUUCCAUCAUUCUACAGCCGGCCCGCCCGUGCCCCAACCCAGCCUCGCGCGCGCAUUCUGCACUUCUGCAUUACAUUUCCAAAACCUGUGAUGAACUCUUUGGGCUCCGCUUAUUCGGGGUAGGCGUUGGCCCGAUUGCUGCUCGAGGUGUUCCAAAGUUUGCCAAUUGCAAAAGCGAAGUGUCGCACGCGCAGUGCACAAGGACGGCAGCGGGUGAUGCCCCGUUGUGUUGUGGCUGGCCUGCCACUCGCUGUGUCCGAACGAGGCAGCGGAAUGCCCAGGCCAAACGCAUCCCUGCAAGGCAUGUUAGCCGGCAACGCGAGAAGCCAGGAAAGCUUGAUGGGGCAAAAAUACGCAGCAGGCCCAACUUGAAAGCCUCUGCCUACACGUGACACGUCUUGGCUGGUGGGACAUCCAGCCAUUCUUGGCCCUCUAUUUUGUGGAGACCGGCUCUUGAGCAGCAAAAUUCAACAGCCGCUGCGGGAAGGCUUGAGCCUGGGGCAUCGAAAGCGAGUAAGGCGGUGUGUGAGCAGUGCCCGCAAAUUGGCGGGGCUUCAUCUGACUGAAAGCGGGUCCAACGCGAGUUUUUUGCUGAAGGGUCCAGAACUAUGUUUCAAUCGUGCCUGAAAUCGCCGAUGGCGUGAACCUUACUAUGAGCACGAACAGCUGCAACCUGGAUCGCAAGCGAGUAAGGCGGUGCGUGUGUGAACUGGAGUGCCCGCUUUUGUCGCACUCAAAGCAGGGUCAGGCUCUUGAUUUUUUGCUGAAGGGCCCAGAGCUAGUUUUCAAUCCCACACGGCGGUGCUCGUGCGUGACUGCCAGAACAGGUGGCCCAGAGCAGAUCAGAACAGCCCGGGGUGUGUGAAGAGGCAGUCCCCGCUCGUGCAGCCAACUUUGCGCUGGAUUGAACCUUGUUGCCGGCAGCAGCAGUGGCAAAACAUGUUCAGCGCCUUUCAGCCUGAUUACCGAGAGCAACUUCUGUAGCAGCGUUUUGUUUCUCUUUCCCCGUUCCCGUGUGCUGAAGCCAUGUGACUGAGCGUGGUCACGGAGGGUAGUUUGUAGUUAGACGGUGCCAAGGAUGUAGUUGCCAAGAAGGUGUCGACAGCUGCUGGCCGGACCCGAUAAUUUGCUGGGCCUUGCGACUGAGUGGGCGUUAAGCGACAGCGACCCAUGUGUCGCGUGCAAAAAGCACUGGGCAACGGGGUGAUGCCACUUUGGAUCAAGUUUUGUUUGUGGACCUGAUUUGCGCAUUUGCGGGAUGGAAAGGUGCCUGAGCAGCGUCCAAUACCUCCGUGCUCAUGUUUACUUUGCCUGAGCAAGAAGCAGUGCACGAGCGUAAAGCGCCGUAAGCUGAUGGGCAAGGAAGACCUGUUCCAUGCGUCGCGUAAGCAACAACUCCACGCGUGUGAGGUGGUGAUGACCUGGUGGCGUAGGCUAAACGAUGCGACAUAGCAAGCCAUGAUUUGUUUGGACAUGGCUCACUUGCGUGAGUCGCGGACAGGCGCUGUGAGUCCGCUUCAGAGAGGCAGACACAACCAGCACGAAGGUCCCAGUUCCCCUAACACUGCUUGUUCGGCCCUCAAGAUUCCAUCAUUCUAGAGCCCUCCUUUCCAUCAUUCUACAGCCAGCCCGCCCGUGCCCCAACCCAGCCUCGCGCGCGCAUUCUGCGCUUCUGCAUUACACAGCGUCCCCGACCCUGUUUCCGAACUACUCAGAAGCCGUGGUGUCAGGUUUUCCUUUCCAAAACCUGUGAUGAACUGUUUGGGCCCCGCUUAUUCGGGGUGGGCGUUGGCCCGAUUGCUGCUCGAGGUGUUCCAAAGUUUGCCAAUUGCAAAAGCGAAGUGUCACACUCGCAUAAGUGCACAAGGACGGCAGCGGGUGAUGCCCCGUUUUGUUGUGCGGGGCCUGCCACUCGCUGUGUCCGAACGAAUAGGAAUUCACAGGCCAAACGCAUCCCUGCAAGGCAUGUUAGCCGGCAACGCGAGAAGCCAGGAAAGCUUGAUGUUUCGAUUUCGUGCCCGAAAUCGCGGAUGUUGCGUGAACCUUGCAGCUUUACCAAACUUGGUAGCUUUUGUGUUGCCUGACAUCCAUUCUUGGCUCAAGAGCCGAACAGCUGCCUGGAUCGCAAGCGAGUAAGGCGGUGCGUGUGAGAACUGGAGUGCCCGCGUUUGUCGCACUCAAAGCAGGGUCAGGCUCUUGAUUUUUUGCUGAAGGGCCCAGAGCUAGUUUUCAAUCCCACACGGCGGUGCUCGUGCGUGACUGCCAGAACAGGUGGCCCAGAGCAGAUCAGAACAGCCCGGGGUGUGUGAAGAGGCAGUCCCCGCUCGUGCAGCCAACUUUGCGCUGGAUUGAACCUUGUUGCCGGCAGCAGCAGUGGCAAAACAUGUUCAGCGCCUUUCAGUCUGAUUACCGAGAGCAACUUCUGUAGCAGCGUUUUGUUUCUCUUUCCCCGUUCCCGUGUGCUGAAGCCAUGUGACUGAGCGUGGUCACGGAGGGUAGUUUGUAGUUAGACGGUGCCAAGGAUGUAGUUGCCAAGAAGGUGUCGACAGCUGCUGGCCGGACCCGAUAAUUUGCUGGGCCUUGCGACUGAGUGGGCGUUAAGCGACAGCGACCCAUGUGUCGCGUGCAAAAAGCACUGGGCAACGGGGUGAUGCCACUUUGGAUCAAGUUUUGUUUGUGGACCUGAUUUGCGCAUUUGCGGGAUGGAAAGGUGCCUGAGCAGCGUCCAAUACCUCCGUGCUCAUGUUUACUUUGCCUGAGCAAGAAGCAGUGCACGAGCGUAAAGCGCCAUAAGCUGAUGGGCAAGGAAGACCUGUUACAUGCGUCGCGUAAGCAACAACUCCACGCGUGUGAGGUGGUGAUGACCUGGUGGCGUAGGCUAUACGAUGCGACAUAGCAAGCCAUGAUUUGUUUGGACAUGGCUCACUUGCGUGAGUCGCGGACAGGCGCUGUGAGUCCGCUUCAGAGAGGCAGACACAACCAGCACGAAGGUCCCAGCUCCCCUAACACUGCUUGUUCGGCCCUCAAGAUUCCAUCAUUCUAGAGCCCUCCUUUCCAUCAUUCUACAGCCAGCCCGCCCGUGCCCCAACCCAGCCUCGCGCGCGCAUUCUGCGCUUCUGCAUUACACAGCGUCCCCGACCCUGUUUCCGAACUACUCAGAAGCCGUGGUGUCAGGUUUUCCUUUCCAAAACCUGUGAUGAACUGUUUGGGCCCCGCUUAUUCGGGGUGGGCGUUGGCCCGAUUGCUGCUCGAGGUGUUCCAAAGUUUGCCAAUUGCAAAAGCGAAGUGUCACACGCGCAUAAGUGCACAAGGACGGCAGCGGGUGAUGCCCCGUUUUGUUGUGCGGGGCCUGCCACUCGCUCGCUGUGUCCGAACGAAGAGGAAUUCACAGGCCAAACGCAUCCCUGCAAGGCAUGUUAGCCGGCAACGCGAGAAGCCAGGAAAGCUUGAUGUUUCGAUUUCGUGCCCGAAAUCGCGGAUGUUGCGUGAACCUUGCAGCUUUAGCAAACUUGGUAGCUUUUGUGUUGCCUGACAUCCAUUCUUGGCCUGAUAUUUUUUGGAGACUACCUGUGCUCAAGAGCCGAACAGCUGCCUGGAUCGCAAGCGAGUAAGGCGGUGCGUGUGUGAACUGGAGUGCCCGCUUUUGUCGCACUCAAAGCAGGGUCAGGCUCUUGAUUUUUUGCUGAAGGGCCCAGAGCUAGUUUUCAAUCCCACACGGCGGUGCUCGUGCGUGACUGCCAGAACAGGUGGCCCAGAGCAGAUCAGAACAGCCCGGGGUGUGUGAAGAGGCAGUCCCCGCUCGUGCAGCCAACUUUGCGCUGGAUUAGACCUUGUUGCCGGCAGCAGCAGUGGCAAAACAUGUUCAGCGCCUUUCAGCCUGAUUACCGAGAGCAACUUCUGUAGCAGCGUUUUGUUUCUCUUUCCCCAUUCCCGUGUGCUGAAGCCAUGUGACUGAGCGUGGUCACGGAGGGUAGUUCGUAGUUAGACGGUGCCAAGGAUGUAAUUGCCAACGCCUUGAACUUGUGAUUGUGAUUGCCCGCAAGCUUUACAGGGACAGCUGGUAGGCUUCCGGGAUGCUGCCUGCCCCCGUUCAGCGCAAGUCAGGUGCAAUGUGACAGACUAAAAGACUUCUACUGUACACGUUCCACGCGAGCGAGCCAAUGAGCUCCCGGUGGAAACUUCGCAAAUGUAGCGUGCAAAAGAUUGCCCGGAGCCAAUGAUUGGCAAGCAAUGGAAUGGGAGAGUGGGGCGAGGGGGGAAGGGUGGGCCAUUUGUUGAUUGAGAAUUUGCGAUUAAAAACUCAGUGAAUUUGAUUUCCUGUGUUUGCCGUACUAGUUUCACGCUUGGAAGGGUUUGGCUCCUUCCAGGAAUUCGGAACCACUCUAAACCAUUCCCUUUGGUUGAUCCCAAACAGUUCCGGCUGGGAACAAAAGAGGCCGUCGUUGAAACCACCACACACUUUUGAGCGAAUCAUGGCAGAUCAUCAUCAGCUACUCAUGCUCUCAAGUCUUCCAGAGAGCUGGGGCCAUUCUGGGGCAUCAUGUGUCAUUCACCGAGUUGCCAAGAAAGUGGGCACAUUCUUAAAGCCUCACCUUGGCACUGAAUCGCAAGCCGACAAAUCCCCGGCUUUGCAAGGGCCUCGGGCGGCGAUCGAAACAGCGCCCAGCAUGGCUAUCCAGAGGGAAGUGCUAUUUGACAUAUUGAUUUGACGUAUUGAUUUGCCAGCGCUGGUUGAUUUGCAGUCAUGCCCCCCUCCCCCCCAAAUUAUUUUUGCAAAAAGCAUGAAACAUAAAGUGUUGGUUUCCUGGAACAAGUUCUUGCAGAAGGGUUGAUGGGAAAGAUGUUCGUUCAUAAAACCCCUUGCGACCGCUUGCGAUGUGCUUGUCCCUUGUGGCAAUGCAUUCAGAUGGACCUGUGUUUAGACUUGAGCCUUACUCGUUGCAUCAAGGGCGCGCAGUUGCUGCCCUUGCAGGGAUUGAAGUUGUUCCUGAGAAGCAAACAAAGGCAGUUGACACCUGCAGCUGCAAGGUGUCGGAAGUUGCCCAAAAAGAAAUUCUUACCGCUUGGAGUAGCCUCAGCUUAGCACUGGAGGACUGAUAAUGCAGUGCACGCGUAUGUUUGCUUGUCGUGUGAGUCAUUCUAGUUCAGCUCAGCGUGUGAUGCGUCUGCAUGGAUAGCGCCUCUUAGGGUUUUGGCUGCGUACAAAUUGGGAGCUGAGCAAUGCAAGCACGCUUUUGUGUGUUGCUGCUGUGUUGGCGCAAAAAUCGGGAUGAGUGCCACAGCAGCGGGACCUGUUGCCGAAUUGCAGGGCGAUAAACGAGCGCGGAAUUAAGUUGUUGCUGUGCAGCAAGUUUGGAGGAAGCUCAGCUUGGCACUGGAGGAAUGAACAAACGUACGCUGUGUUGCCUGUCGUGCGAGUCAGUGCAGGGCAAUAACGUUUGUGCACAGCUUGACGUGUGUUGGACGUUUUACACAUUCCGUAGCACUGGAGGAAUGAUGAUGUAGCUGCACUCUUCACGCAUGUUAUUAGGCUUUUGGUGUGUUGGCGCUACUGUAAAUCGGGAUGAGUGCCACAGCAAUGCAAGGACACUUGCAAGCGUCGCAGCUUGUCCACAGCAUGAAGUCUCUUAGGGUUUUGGCUGGAUUCAAAUUGGGACAUAAGUGCUUUUCGCGUCGGGACCUGUUGCCGAAUUGCAGGGCGAUAAACGAGCGCGGAAUCAAGUUGUUGCUGUGCAGCAAGUUUGGAGGAAGCUCAGCUUGGCACUGGAGGAAUGAACAAACGUACGCUGUUUUGCCUGUCGUGCGAGUCAGUGCAGGGCAAUAACGUUUGUGCACAGCUUGACGUGUGUUGGACGUUUUACACAUUCCGUAGCACUGGAGGAAUGAUGAUGUAGCUGCACUCUUCACGCAUGUUAUUAGGCUUUUGGUGUGUUGGCGCUAAAUCGGGAUGCGUGCCACAGCAAUGCAAGGACACUUGCAAGCGUCGCAGCUUGUCCACAGCAUGAAGUCUCUUAGGGUUUUGGCUGGAUUCAAAUUGGGACAUAAGUGCUUUUCGCGUCGGGACCUGUUGCCGAAUUGCAGGGCGAUAAACGAGCGCGGAAUUAAGUUGUUGCUGUGCAGCAAGUUUGGAGGAAGCUCAGCUUGGCACUGGAGGAAUGAACAAACGUACGCUGUUUUGCCUGUCGUGCGAGUCAGUGCAGGGCAAUAACGUUUGUGCACAGCUUGACGUGUGUUGGACGUUUUACACAUUCCGUAGCACUGGAGGAAUGAUGAUGUAGCUGCACUCUUCACGCAUGUUAUUAGGCUUUUGGUGUGUUGGCGCUAAAUCGGGAUGCGUGCCACAGCAAUGCAAGGACACUUGCAGGCGUCACAGCCUGUCCACGGCAUGAAGUCUCUUAGGGUUUUG